AUGAGGCAAUGACUGACUUAUCCCUAGUUGUCUCUGAGGGCUCGUGUUAGGAAUAGAUAAGGGAUGGGAAAGCACUUGUAAAAUGGAAAGCUCAAUGCGAGAGUGAUUGCUCCUAAUUAGUGGAUCACUCCUACGGGAUAAUUACGAAAUUCUUAGCCAAGCAGUUGAGAAUCUUAACCUAGCCUCAGAUAGCUCUCCAGCAUCUUCUGUAAACACUCAGCCAGGUUGCUUCAGUUGGUGAGAAGACUAUGAACAGGUCAGAGAACUUGCUCUUUACUGGCUCCUCAUUAGCAUCUCAAGUUCAUGCUGCUGCGGUUAACGGAGAUAAGGGUGCUCUGCAGAGGCUCAUCGUAGGAAACUCUGCCCUUAAAAACAAAGAAGAUCAAUUUGGGAGAACACCCCUUAUGUAUUGUGUGUUGGCCGACAGACUGGAUUGUGCCGAUGCUCUCCUGAAGGCAGGAGCAGAUGUUAAUAAAACUGACCAUAGCCAGAGAACAGCUCUCCAUCUUGCAGCUCAAAAGGGAAAUUAUCGCUUCAUGAAACUCUUACUCACACGCAGAGCAAACUGGAUGCAGAAGGAUCUAGAAGAGAUGACCCCUUUGCACUUGACCACCCGGCAUAGGAGUCCUAAGUGCUUGGCACUUCUACUAAAGUUUAUGGCACCAGGAGAAGUGGACACACAGGAUAGAAACAAGAAAGUGAAAUCAAGAAGGGGAGCAGGGGGCUACUAUAUAAUACUCUACCACAGUGCCUGUCACACAAUAAAAGCUUGGAGAAAGUUAGUCAUUACUGUCAUUGCUGUGGUUAUUGUUGUUUCAUUCGGAGAACCUGUCACUUGGCAGCAAACAGCUCUGCAUUGGAGUGCCUACUAUAACAACCCUGAGCAUGUGAAGCUGCUUAUCAAGCAUGAUUCCAACAUUGGGAUUCCCGACGUGGAAGGCAAGAUCCCACUUCACUGGGCAGCCAACCACAAAGAUCCAAGUGCCGUUCAUACAGUGAGAUGCAUCCUGGAUGCUGCUCCGACAGAGUCUUUACUGAACUGGCAGGACUACGAGGGGCGGACACCUCUCCACUUUGCAGUUGCUGAUGGGAAUGUGACAGUGGUUGACGUCUUGACCUCGUAUGAAAGCUGCAAUAUUACAUCUUAUGAUAACUUGUUUCGAACCCCACUUCACUGGGCAGCUUUACUCGGCCAUGCACAGAUUGUCCAUCUCCUUUUAGAAAGAAAUAAGUCUGGAACUAUCCCGUCCGACAGCCAAGGGGCAACACCCUUGCACUACGCGGCUCAGAGUAACUUCGCUGAAACAGUUAAAGUAUUUUUAAAACAUCCUUCAGUGAAAGAUGAUCCAGACCUUGAAGGAAGAACAUCCUUUAUGUGGGCAGCUGGGAAAGGCAGUGAUGAUGUCCUUCGGACUAUGCUGAGUUUAAAAUCUGACAUUGAUAUUAACAUGGCAGACAAAUAUGGAGGUACAGCUUUACAUGCUGCUGCCCUUUCUGGCCAUGUGAACACAGUGAAGUUACUGUUGGAAAAUAAUGCUCAAGUCGACCCUACUGAUGUCAUGAAACAUACUCCACUUUUCCGAGCCUGUGAGAUGGGACACAAAGAUGUGAUUCAGACACUCAUUAAAGGUGGGGCAAGGGUAGAUCUAGUUGACCAAGACGGACAUUCUCUUCUACAUUGGGCAGCACUGGGAGGAAAUGCUGAUGUUUGUCAGAUAUUGAUAGAAAAUAAAAUCAACCCGAAUGUGCAAGACUAUGCGGGAAGAACCCCUUUGCAAUGUGCUGCAUAUGGAGGAUACAUCAACUGCAUGGCCGUGCUAAUGGAGAACAACGCGGACCCUAACAUUCAAGACAAAGAGGGAAGAACAGCUUUGCACUGGUCCUGUAACAAUGGAUACCUUGAUGCCAUUAAAUUACUACUAGACUUUGCUGCUUUCCCUAAUCAGAUGGAAAACAAUGAGGAGAGAUACACACCCCUUGAUUAUGCUUUGCUUGGUGAGCGCCAUGAAGUGAUCCAGUUCAUGUUGGAGCACGGCGCCCUGUCCAUCGCAGCCAUACAAGACAUUGCUGCCUUCAAAAUCCAAGCUGUCUACAAAGGGUACAAGGUCAGAAAAGCUUUCAGAGACCGGAAAAAUCUCCUCAUGAAGCAUGAACAGUUGAGAAAAGAUGCGGCUGCCAAAAAGCGGGAGGAAGAAAACAAGCGAAAGGAGGCAGAACAGCAGAAAGGAAGGUGGAGCCCAGAAGCCUGCAGGUCCCCAGCCCUCCCCAGGCUGCCCAGCACCCAGGAUGAGCCCCGCAGGCAGCCUCCUGCUGACAACAUGGCCCCCAGCCCUGGGCCGGAAGACCGUCGAGGGUCUCCAGGAGGGUCUCUAGGCAGGGAUCCCCAAAAGGAGCAGGGUGUUUCCUCAGACUCACAGGCAACAAAGUCCAGAAAGCCAAAUGAAAUAUCCAGAGAACUUUCUAAAGGCCACUCUGCCAGUGUCCACUUCAGACCCAAGGAAGGCAGUGAUGAAAACAGGCGUCCAGGAGUCUCCUCUAUUGAGAAGUCCAGAGGUGGGACGGCUGGCACUCAGCGGUGUGAAAAGGAGAAAGGCUUCUUGAAGCAGCCCCCCUGCAUUAGGGUGGCCAGGCCUGAUGACAGAGGAGAGGACCCCCAUCGGGCAGUUGCAAGUCCCCCACAGCAGGAUGGGCACCGGAAGCCCAGCAGGUGGCAGGGCACGGCACCCACGGCCAAAUGUGCCCCUCAGAAAAGGCGCGUUCAAGAGCUCAAAGGAGGAAGGUGCUCCCCAGCUGGUUCCAGCCGGCCUGGCAGCGCCAGGGGGGAGGUGGUCCAUGCUGGGCAGAAUUCUCUCCAGCAUCGCACACCAAGAAACAAAGUGACACAGACCAAGCUCGCAGGAGGGGUCUAUUCAGAUUUGCCACAGAGCACAGAGGAGUUGAGGUCAGGAGCCAGGACAAUGGGGACAUCUGUCCUGUCUGAGGACAUUCAGGUAUCUAAGGAGACUAACCCAGCACCUGGUCCCCUCUCUGUGCAAAGUGUGAAUAUUGACCUUCUUCCUGUGGAGCUCCGACUACAGAUAAUCCAGAGAGAAAGAAGUAGGAAAGAGCUGUUUCGCAAAAAGAACAAGGCGGCAGCAGUCAUCCAGCGUGCCUGGCGAAGCUACCAGCUCAGGAAGCACCUGUCCUACCUCCUGCAUAUGAAGCAGCUUGGAGCUGGCAACGUGGACAGGUGGAACAGAGAAUGUGCGGCAUUGCUCCUCCAGGUGUGGAGGAAGGAACUGGACCCAAAGCUCUCCAAGGCCACUGCAGUGAGCAAGGCCCCCAGAAGUCCAUCCAAGAGCACCUCAGACACAAAGGCCACCAAGCACUCAGUGCUCAAACAAAUCUACGGUUGUUCUCAAGAAGGGAAAAUACGUCAUCCCCCAAGAUCUUCAAAAACCCCUUCUGUGCUGCAUCUCAAUUCAGUGAGCAACUUGCAGUGCAUACAUCUCCUUCAUAACAGUGGAAGAUCAAAGAACUUUUCUUAUAAUCUGCAAUCAGCUACUCAAUCAAAAAACAAAACAAAGCUUCAACUGCCUGUGGAGGAAGACUGUGUUCGAGGAAGCUGGAAUCGGCAGCUUACAAUCUACCAAGAUGGAGACAAGUGAAAAAAAUGUAUAACAUCAAUUUUCUCAAGGACCUGCACAUCAGUGGCACCUAUGGCUCAGUAAGUACGGCGCAGGCCCCAUAUACUGAGAGGGUGGAGGAUUCUAACUCAGCCCCAGCCAAACUGCAACAAAAAAAUAGCCAGGCGUUGUGGUGGGCGCCUGUAGUCCCACCUACUCGGGAGGCUGAGGCAAGAGAAUCGCUUGAGCCCAAGAGUUUGAGGUUGCUGUGAGUUGUGACGUCAUAGCACUCUACCGAGGGCAACAAAGUGAGACUCUGCCUUUAAAAAAAAAAAAAAGACCUGCACAUCAUUUCACUUAAGUCACAGUUUCCAAGAAUCUAUAGAUGACAUUGGGGAGACUUACCAUUUUUUCUACUAAGUGCUAUAAUAGAAAGAUCUGAGUGAUAUGAACAAAGGGCUGAUGCCUUCUUUCCAGUUGGAGAAAUGUAUCAUAGAAAAAUACCUACAAUCAGAGAACACUAAUACCCAGUUCAAUUUAAGUAAAUCUACAUGAAAAAAAGAAAACAGACUUGGAAUAAAACCCCUAGUAUUAUUUUCUUUUUUUAUUUUUAGAGAAUCUCACUCUGUUGUUUAAGUUGGAGUACAAUGGCACAAUCACAGCCCACUGCAGUCUCAAACUUCUGGGCUCAAAAGGGAUCCUUCUGCUUCAACCUCCUGAGGAGCUAAUACUGUAGGCACAUGUCCCCACAUCUUCUGAUGUUUUUUUCUUUUUAAGAAGAGUCUUGCUCUGUCACCCAGACUUCAGUGCAAUGGUGUGAUCAUAGCUCACUGUAUCCUCAAACUCCUGGGUUCAAGUGAUCCUUCUGCCUCAGGCUACAGAGUAGCUAGCUGGAACUACAGAUGCAGGCCACCCUACUCAGCUAAAUUUUUUAUCUUCUGUAGAAACAGGAUCUCACAUUGUUGCUCUGGCUGGUCUUGAAUUCCUGGCCUCAAAUGAUCCUCCUACCUUAGCCUCCCAAAAUACUUGGACUACUGGCAUAAGCCACUAAACCGAGUCCAGGCUAAUAUUUUUAAGUUUUUGUGGAGACAUGUCCUCACUACAUUGCCCACCCCAGGCUGUAAUUACCUGGGCUCACAUGAUCCUCUAGCCUCAGCCCCCAAAGAGCUAGGAUUCCAGAUAUGAGACACUAUGCCCAGCCCUACCCCCACUAUUUUUAAUUUUCUAAGUUUAAAAAAAAAAAUCAGGUAGAGUCAAGACUAGUACCAAGUCCUUCAAAGACAUCAGGCAUAACACAAACUCCAGAAUCUGUUAGAGUACAGUACUAAAAUGAAAUAUGUACAAAAAUCACAUCCACAAGACAAAGGUAAGACUAGUAGAAGGAAGAAUGUCUUUCUAGGAAAGACUGGUCAAGCUAAGUGUAAAGGAAUUGUCAAUGAGCCCUCAAAAAUCAAGACUUCUUAUAUUUAUUAUCUAGUAUUUGAAAGUGGGGAGAUAAAAAGCAACAGCUCUAUACAUUAUUUCUCUAUAAAAUCCCUUAUGGAUUGGUUAUUAUCCAGAGUUUGUAAGUGGCAACUUUCUUAUCUUUUACAGCUAUAAUUAACAAUGAAAAAACUUAUUUCAAUGCCAUCUUCCUACUGCAAAGCAAACAGUAAAUAUUUUCAUUAAUAAAAGGUAAAGCACAUUUGAAAAGUACCCGAACAAUAAAUGAUCCCUUCAUUUCUUUCCUUCUGUUUCCCCUUCCCUUCCUGUACAAUUCCAUUCUUAAGCCACUGGGUGGAGCCAAGCUAGGUUAACACUGGCACAGGAGUGGGUGGGAGAGCUCAGGCAGCUGUAGCCCAGUGCAGGCUAUCUAUCCCUAAGAGCCAGAGUCCAAAUGAAGUGAAGAAAGAGGGACAGUGGAGUAAUUAAUCAAGUCUGUAAAUAUAAACAUAUUAAGAAUAAAGGGAACCAAGUUUCUCACUUUCAGAGAAGGCAGGUACAAAAAAAGAGACAGAAAACAACUAGAAUGAACUCUGCAGUGUUUGUUGAACUCCUGAUUUCUGUCCACGAAAGAGUGUGUAGAAGAAACAACAUCUCUUAACAAUGAGCAGACCUAGACUCUACAUGUCUUCUAAAUACCAUUCAUCACUGUUCUUUAUAGAAAACUGAUUUACCAUAGUUACUCUAGUAUAACAUCAUUUGAAAAUGAGAAAACACUUGCACUCUUCCUAAGUCUCUUAACUAAAAAGUUGUAUGCAAUGCCAUAACUAUCAGAAUUUAAGGUUUCCAGAAGGAUUUACAAGUCACCAUAUAGGGCCUGAGAGAGAGAGGAAAGCUGAAAGCCCUAAGCUGAACAAAGCCUACAAGUAAAUACAGUAUGGUAAUAGAGAGAAGAUAGACCUAUGUCACAGUACCCCAUCAGACUCUAUAGGUAACAAAAAGAAGAUAUAUGUCACUGAGUCAUGACUAGAGUCAAACAAACUCCUGAGAGAAAUAUGUUAACUAUCUAUAAAUGACACAGUCCCUAGAGAGAAGAACACAAAGAAAAUGCAGAUUGAAUGAAGAAGUAAAUCUAUCAAUUGAAUAAAAUCAAUUCGUAUAACAACAAAACAGAAGAAUCAGGUUGUAACUUGAAUCUAGAGGCUACCCUGUUGAGAAUAUUGACAAAGAGGUUAAAAAGACAAAUCCAACUAUUUUUAAUGUAGCAUUUUGAGGGUUACAAAAAAGACUACAGUCAGUAUUCGGGCCAGAGGCCUCUUGAAUCAUUAAAAAA